GAGAGUUAACCACGCCCCCAAAAGAAAGGGAGAUAACUCUCAAAAGGUCCAACAACAUAGCUGUCAAAACCAACUGUCAAAAUGGCAGUCGUGAUAACGUUUAGAGACAUUCCCGAUGAUAUUGGCCCGAAAUAUUUGCCUUAUGAACCUCCUUUGCGGCAAAAACAACGUGGAGUGGCUUUUAGUUCGGCCUCAUACCUUUAUUCCGUUACUUUCCAUUCAUGUUGUGAUAAUAUCAUGUCAAUUUGCGGGAGGAUUUAUAGAAGUCAACGGAAAACCGAAGCUCCUCAUGUAAUCAACUUGUCCCUUGACAGAAUUCACAAAUCGUUCACUGACGCCCAUUGUAGCUGCAAAUGUGGUGCAAGUGGAAAGUGUUCCCAUGUACUGGCACUUGUCCCGAUACUGGAAGGCUGGAAGAUAUCAGGCUAUCAAGCCAUUCCUUCACAGCCCUCUUCAACUAGCCUGCCUCAGCAGUGGGAUAAACCAAGGGGACCAAAGAUUGAAUCUGAAGCAGUGACACAGAUAAUUAUUGCCAGGCCUGGAAAUCUUAAUAGGACAAGGAGACCUGUGAUGGCCACAUUCAAUGACAACAGGAAAGUUCAAAUACAGGAGUCUGACAUGUCUCUGCUGCACAGUAUGAAGGGAUUCCCUAUUUCAUACCUGACAGAUACAUGUACCAGCACCAGUCAGACAGUUCACACACCAAUAGGUCCUCAGGUUGUUGGAUCAACUCUUGGACAUCAAGCACCCCUAAUCAGACCAAUAGUGGUUCCAAAGAUGGAGGACAGUGGUUUCUUCGUGUUUUGUGAGCACUGAAAGGGCUUUGGACACGAUGAACUUUG